AAUGGCAACUGCUGAUAUUAUUGUAUUUAAAUAUUGCAAUAUUUAGAUGACCCAUGGUAUGCCUUCAAAAAAGGAAGUGAUAAGUUCUAAACGGAUAUUUCCAGGUAUUUUCGAGAUCGAAUGAGUUAGAGCAACACAAUAGAAAGGGUGCAAUUCAAUUAACUUGGGAUGUUUAAGGAGUUUUUCCAAAGAUUGCUUAAAAGAUAGGAGUGUCACCAGUACCUGAUGAUCCUCCCUUGGUAUUAGUUAUUGUUAAGAUGUAGCCACCAAAACCUAAAUAUAUUCCACCUCCAUUGCCUCAGAAUUAUGUUCAUCCUCCAAUUAAAAAAUAAGGGAAGAAGACAGGGAAACCAGAAAUAGUGGCUGAGAGAUAAAGUUACGAAGAGAGCAUUGCAAAAAAAACAAUCAGAUAGAGUAGAAAGUCACUUUCGAACUCAAAUUAUGGAAAGGAAUAUGGGGGGUUUUAUAGUAUGGAUAGGUGCUUUUUGAAACGUGAUAAGGAAUUCAUAAAAAAGGAAGUGAAAGGAUAUGGUAAUAAUGAUAUAUUAGAAUUGCAGGCAAUUUCUAUGAGAAAUCACCGGAGGGGAGAUUUGUGCAUGUUCCAUAGCCUCCAUUAUCAUAUAAGUAUUAAUAUGUAGCCUCAACAGAAUUAUGA